GCUUUAGCUUGUUUCCGCCGUCGUCAAAACUAUCACCGAAUCUAAAUCGAAGACACAACAAAAGAGGACCGUGGCAGAGUGAGAUUUCAUACCCUUUUGGAGGAACUAACUGGCCGUGAUCCCGCCGAGUGUUGAUCUACAAACUGAUUCGUCACCACCGACUGGAGGAGAGGAAACAGGUGAAAUAUGAUGAUUGCGCUGGGUCUGGGGGGGCUUUUCUGUCUCCUCCUGUCCUGCCCUCAGCCGGCGGAGUCUCAGUUUCCUCGGGCUUGCUGCACGGUGGAGGGGAUCCAGUCCAAGCAGUGCUGCCCCGCUCUGGGCUCAGACCCCGCCAACGUGUGCGGCUCUCUGUCCGGGAGAGGAAUCUGCUCUGCCGUCCGAGUCGACACCAAACCCUGGGGGGGGCCGUACAGGCUGAGAAACGUUGACGACAGGGAGAGAUGGCCCACCAAAUUCUUCAAUCAGACAUGCAGAUGCAUCGGUAACUUUGCAGGCUAUAACUGUGGCCAGUGUAAGUUUGGCUGGACUGGAGCAAACUGUGACCAGAGGAAAGCUCCUGUGGUGCGGAAAAAUAUUCACUCCUUGACCCCUGAAGAGCUCCAAGAAUUCCUGGACGCUCUGGAAUUGGCGAAGACCACCGUCCACCCGGACUUUGUCAUCGCCACUCAGCACUGGCUGGGACUGCUGGGACCCAACGGCACCGAGCCGCAGAUCGCCAACAUCUCCAUCUAUGACUUCUUCGUUUGGCAGCAUUACUACUCAGUGAGAGACACUCUUCUAGGUCCAGGGCGUCCAUUCAAAGCCAUUGAUUUCUCACACAAAGGUCCAGCAUUCAUUACCUGGCACAGGUAUCAUCUCCUGAGCUUUGAAAGAGAUCUGCAGAGGCUGAUUGGCAAUGAGAACUUCGCCAUCCCGUACUGGAACUUCGCCACAGGCCGGAAUGACUGCGACGUGUGCACCGACUCCAUGCUGGGCGGCAGGAACCCCGAUAAUCCCUCUCUGAUCAGCGGCCAGUCCAGGUUCUCCAGAUGGGGCGUGGUCUGCAACAGUCUGGACGACUACAAUCGCCUGGUGACUCUUUGCAACGGGACCAGCGAGGGCUUCAUUCAGAGAGGAGUGAUGGAGAGAAGCAACGAGUCCCUCCCCAGCAUGAGCGACGUCAGAAGCUGUCUUGGAAUCAGAGACUUUGACAGCCCUCCUUAUUUCACCAACUCCUCCUUCAGCUUCAGGAACGCUCUGGAAGGGUACGACAAGCCAGAUGGGGAGCUGGAUGAAACAGUGGACAACCUCCACAACCUGGUCCACUCUCUGCUCAACGGAACCAGCUCUCUGUCUCACUCUGCCGCCAACGAUCCCAUCUUUGUGGUGCUGCAUGCGUUCACCGACGCCAUUUUUGACGAGUGGAUGAGGAGGUUCGUUCCGACCAACUCCACCUUCCCGGACGAGAUGGCCCCCAUCGGUCACAACAGGGACUACAACAUGGUGCCCUUUUUCCCUCCCAUCACCAACGAGGAGAUUUACGUCACGUCUGAGCAGCUGGGGUAUUCCUACGCCAUUUCCCUGGACGACGUGGACGGCGGACCCUCUGUGUUCGUGCUGGGCUCCACUCUGGGGGGAGUCUUCAUCGGCCUCCUGGUGCUUCUCCUUAUCUUCGUGCUCUACCUGCGCCAGCGGAGGAACAGAGGCUUUGAGCCGCUGAUAAAAGCGGAUUUCACCAACAGAAAGUACACAGAGGAGGCCUAGAUUUCACCUGUGGUAACGCGACUAC